GAUACCUUUUUCUGUCCACUUAGGAGACUCCUAUCAAAAUUAUCGAUUUGAUCCGACCUGAUCGGCCGAUACCCUCGUGAUGGGUCACUAGAUUUUUUGGCAAUCCCUAUAAUGUUACAUAAGCCCCGAUCAUUCCCCUUGUGAAGUUCUGUGCUCGACCCCGCGCUAUAAUGCCACUAAAUGGUAUUUGCAGUCCCUGCAAUGCUAAUCCAAACCCAACUUCUACAUUUCAGCUAGUUUCUCCAUCUGCAAUUCGACCUAAUGUGUUAUAUUUUCUCAACCCACCUUCCGUCAACCUUGGUUCCAGCUCGUGCUAUUCCAGAUUUUCCCGCGUUGUUGGCCCACUUAGGAGCGCGGAUUUUCAAACCAGAAGUCGAUUAACAUUCGUACGCCGUGGUGCAAGUGCAACAGGGUCUGCCGCUACUGAUCACUAUUCGACGUUGAAUGUUAGCCGGAACGCCACAUUGCAGGAAAUCAAAAACUCAUAUAAGAAACUCGCCCGUAAGUACCAUCCAGAUGUGAACAAGAACCCUGGAUCAGAAGAGAGGUUCAAAGAGAUAAGUGCUGCAUAUGAGGUCCUAUCAGAUGAUGAAAAAAGAUCUUUAUAUGACCAAUUUGGCGAGGCAGGUUUGUGGGGAGAAUAUGGCGUAAUGAAUAGUGGUUCACCGAGGGUUGAUCCCUUUGAAAAUUUUGAUGCAUUCUUUGGCGGAUCAGAUGGACUUUUUGGAGAAAGAGAUGGAAUUGGAGGCAUCAAUUUAAUAAAUAAGAGGAGCGGAAGAAACCAGAAUCUUGAUAUACAUUAUGACCUGCACUUAAGCCUUGAAGAAUCAGUGUUUGGAGCAGAACAGGAAAUUCAAUUCUCUAAUUUUGAGACAUGCGAAAAUUGUGAUGGAACCGGUGCAAAAUCUAGUAAUUGCAUAGGAACUUGUGCCAACUGUCAUGGAAGAGGAGGAGUGGUCAAAACUCAGAGAACACCAUUUGGAAUGAUGUCUCAGGUGUCCACAUGUUCAAAGUGUGGUGGUGAUGGUAAGAUAAUAACAGAGUUAUGCCGAAGCUGUGGUGGCAGUGGUCAAUUGCAAUCAAUUAGAAAAAUGAAAAUAGUAAUCCCACCGGGCGUCACUGAUGGAGCCACCAUGCAAAUUCAAAGAGAAGGCAGUUUUGAUAAGAAAAGGAGAAUGACCGGUAACCUGUAUAUAAUGCUUCAUGUAGAUGAAAAGCAUGGAAUUUGGAGAGACGGUAUUCAUCUAUACUCAAAAAUUAGCAUCGACUAUACAGACGCAAUAUUGGGGAGUAUUGUGAAGGUUGAAACUGUUGAAGGCUUGAAAGACCUUCAAAUACCUGCCGGAGUUCAGCCAGGGGAUAGAGUGAGAUUGUCGUGCAUGGGGGUUCCAGAUAUAAAUAAACCAUAUGUUCGUGGUGAUCAUUUGUUUAUCGUGAAUGUUCAGAUUCCAAAACACAUCAGGAAAAAAUCAACUGUGAAGCUGUCUGAACCAGGGGCUUUAUUUCUUCCAAGACCGCCAUGAUUUCAGACUCUUUGAACUUACCAUCUUUGCUUGAAAUAGGCCGCCAAUUUAGACCUGCAGGGCAAACAAAAGGAAUAAUCGAGUUACUGUAUAAAGUUUUGAAGAAAUCCACGAUCUCAGCUUCUAUCUCUGGCUGGUUUAAGUGGAUGUUAUUUUGUACAUCAAAUAACUCCAUUACGAAUGCUCUUCUCUUCUUGACGACGAGCACUCUGUGGAAGAAACCAGUAUUUUCGUCUCCUUCUCGUAGCCAUUGUACCUUACGCUUUUGGAUUAGAUUUCUUUCUUCCAAAAUAUAAAUACCAAGAAGAUCUCUCUUAAGAUCACGCCUUCUUUCAGAAUCUAAAGAAGACAAACCAGCACUCACUUCCUUUCGGUCCAGGGCAGUGAUGGCUUCUAAAAUGGAUCUUUCUUGCACUUUAUAUCUUUUUCUUUUGCUACACUCCAAGCCUUUUCCAUGUUUAAAUGUCUAUUGCAUCGUCAAUAAUAAGAAUUUAACUCUAGUGGUGAAUUGAGUUUGGAUAUUGUACAGAUUUUGAAAAUAGUAACUUCAGAUUUUUCUUUUGUGAGGAGCAUCUAACUGAUUCUACUAUGGUUAUCUCGCACUUGCACCAGUUAGACAUACCCCUUUUUUUCUGGUGGAUGCCCCUGAUACAGAAUAUACGAGGAUAUAGUUUGAGAUACUCAAAAUUUGAGCUACCUUAUCGACAGUACUACAAUAUUACUUCCUCAUCAUUUUUAGUUCUAGAGAUAGAGAGAUUAGUUUUCUCAUCACUUGGGUUAUUCCGGAAAGGAUUUCUAAUUUAAAUUUAUUUUGCCUAUACUUAGUAUGGUAGACAAUUUUUUUACGUUGAUGAAUUUUUUAAUAUAUAAUUUUUUCAAGUUUGCUGCGACUGACCCUUGACUCUGGAAUUAUACCAUUAGAGUAUAGAGUCUGGCUAAUUUUUUUGCAAGUAAU